AUAUAUUUGUUUAAAAUUUUGACAUACUUACAUUUUAUUUUGUCACACCUUUAUAAACUCGCGAUCGUGAGUUUUAUGUAUGGUGAAUCUAUAAAUAUUUUUUGUUACUACUUUUAUGGAAUGACUUUUUUGAAUAAAAACAAAAAUAAAUACCUUAGUAUUAUUCCCAAGUUAUGAAUUCAAUUCUGUUUGUUCCUUAUAAUACUUUUUAAACUAGACGGCCAUCUUGGUGGUUGGAUAGGCUUGUUUGAUUUGAUAUAGUGUAAAAACUCAAUUCCAAAUUUUUUUUAUGUGUCGAACUUGGGCAAAUCUAAAUAUAAUUUAAUCCGAAUUUUAAGUUAUUUGCGUCUUAUUGUGAAAAAACAUGACAAUGGAGACUCCAAGAGAAAGAGAAAUUGCUGCUGAAGACAGCAUUAGAGUAGUUUGUAGAUUUCGACCACUGAAUCAUUCUGAAGAGAAGGCUGGCUCUAAAUUUAUAGUUAAAUUUCCUGCUGGAGGAGAUGAAAAUUGCAUUUCUAUUGGGGGAAAAGUUUAUCUUUUCGACAAAGUAUUCAAGCCGAAUGCAACCCAAGACAAAGUGUACAAUGAAGCCGCUAAAUCAAUUGUCACUGACGUUUUGGCAGGUUACAAUGGAACGAUAUUUGCUUAUGGACAAACUUCUUCAGGAAAAACUCACACAAUGGAAGGAGUUAUCGGAGAUCCUAACAAGCAGGGCAUUAUUCCACGUAUUGUUAACGAUAUUUUUACUCAUAUUUAUGGCAUGGAGGAAAAUUUGGAAUUUCAUAUUAAAGUUUCAUAUUUUGAGAUUUAUAUGGAUAAGAUUAGAGAUUUGCUGGAUGUGUCGAAAAUCAAUCUCAGCGUUCAUGAGGAUAAAAAUCGAGUUCCAUUCGUGAAAGGAGCUACAGAAAGAUUUGUAUCUAGUCCUGAUGAAGUAUUUGAAGUUAUAGAAGAAGGAAAAUCUAAUCGUCAUAUUGCUGUCACUAAUAUGAAUGAACACAGCUCGCGUUCUCAUUCAGUAUUCUUGAUAAAUGUGAAGCAAGAAAAUUUAGAGAAUCAAAAAAAGUUGUCUGGUAAAUUGUACCUUGUUGAUUUGGCCGGUUCUGAAAAGGUUUCAAAAACUGGAGCAGAAGGUACCGUUCUUGAUGAGGCGAAAAAUAUAAAUAAAUCUUUAUCGGCUCUCGGAAAUGUUAUUUCAGCUUUGGCUGAUGGAAAUAAGACUCAUAUACCUUACCGUGAUUCUAAAUUAACAAGAAUCUUACAAGAAUCCUUAGGAGGCAAUGCAAGAACAACAAUCAUCAUAUGUUGCUCACCGGCGAGUUUCAAUGAAUCUGAAACUAAAUCCACGCUAGAUUUUGGAAAACGUGCAAAAACUAUCAAGAAUGUUGUUUGUGUUAAUGAGGAGUUAACGGCGGAAGAAUGGAAACGUCGUUAUGAACGAGAAAAGGAGAAAGCAGCAAGAUAUAAAGGCAAAUUGGAAAAAAUGGAAGCUGAAUUAUCGCGAUGGCGUCAAGGUGAAACUGUUAAACCUGAGGAACAAGUGAAUCUACAGCAGGAAGUUGCCGAUGUAGUUACACCAAUUACGGCAUCAGUUGAAAGUAAAAUCGAUGAAGGACCAAUGCCAGCGACUCCCGGAGGUGGUCUUAUGGCUGGUUCUCUUUCCAAUGAAGAAAGACAAAAACUUGAGGAGGAACGUGAGAGACUCUAUCAGCAAUUAGAUGACAAAGACGAAGAAAUCAAUCAGCAAUCGCAAUAUGUUGAAACACUGAAAGAGCAAAUGGAAGAGCAAGAAGAACUAAUUGCAAGCACUAGACGGGACUAUGAACUCUUGCAACAAGAAAUGAUUAGAAUUCAACAAGAGAACGAGAGUGCUAAAGAAGAAGUUAAAGAAGUAUUACAGGCCCUUGAAGAAUUAGCUGUAAAUUAUGAUCAAAAGUCACAAGAGGUGGAGAUGAAAAAUAAAGAACACGAAGCUUUAAGCGAAGAAUUACUUUCGAAGCAAACAGUCUUAAAUACAACUGCUUCAGAAUUGCAGCAAUUACGUGACAUGUCGGCUCAUCAACGUAAACGUAUUGCGGAAAUGCUGACAAAUUUAUUAAAGGAUUUAGGUGAAUUCGGCGUUGCAAUUGGCGGCGACGAAAAUUUAAAGAUCACACCUGAUAAUAAUGGUAAAUUGGAGGAGGAAUUUACUGUUGCUAGACUUUAUAUAAGUAAAAUGAAAUCAGAGGUUAAAAAUUUGGUGCAACGCUGUCAAGGACUUGAAACUAAUCAAACAGAUUGCAAUAAAAAGGUUUCAGAAUACGAAAAAGAUUUGGGCGAAUGUCGACUAUUAAUAUCUCAACAUGAAGCUAAGAUGCAGUCACUUCAAGAAGCCAUGAAGGAAGCUGAAUUACGAAAACGAACUCUAGAGGAAGAUGUGGAUUCGCUGAGAGAGGAAUGUGCAAAGUGGAAGGCUGCCGAACAAGUGCAAGCAGUGAGUAAUAAAGAGAAAGCCGAAGAAAAGGAAGCAGCCACUAAAAUGAGAGUCGCUUUGGAAGAGCAAAUGGAUCAGUUACGUGAUGUUCAUCAAAAGCAGGUGGCAACUCUUAGAGAUGAAAUUUCUGAGAAGCAACAACUUAUCAAUGAACUUAAAGAUUUAAAUCAAAAGUUUACAUUGGCCCAUCAACAAAUGCAAACGGAUUACGAGCGAUUGAAGCAGGAGGAAGCGGACAAAUCUGUCAAAUUACAAGAUUUACUUUUACUAAAUGAACGCAGAGAACAGGCAAGGAAAGACUUGAAAGGAUUGGAGGAAACGGUUGCCAAGGAGUUGCAGACUUUACACAAUUUACGAAAACUAUUUGUUCAGGAUCUCCAGUGUCGAAUCAAGAAGUCCAUGAAUUCAGAGGAGAAUGAAGACGAUGGUGGUUCAUUGGCUCAGAAGCAAAAAAUUUCCUUCCUAGAGAACAAUUUGGACCAAUUGACAAAGGUUCAUAAACAAUUGGUGAGAGACAAUGCAGAUCUGCGCUGUGAACUUCCUAAACUGGAAAAGAGACUGCGAGCUACAAUGGAGAGAGUUAAGGCUUUAGAAACUGCUUUGCGAGAUGCCAAAGAAGGUGCAAUGCGUGAUCGAAAGCGCUAUCAAUAUGAAGUUGAUAGAAUUAAGGAAGCUGUGAGACAAAAGAAUCUCGCUCGACGUGGACCUAGUGCACUCAUUGCAAAACCGAUUCGAGCAGGCCAGCACCACGUCACUGGAGUUAAUGCAAUUAAAACUGGAAAUCGAGAUGUUGACGUCAUCGCUCAACGGUCGUGAACAUUUUCGAAAAUCACCAAUUUUACAAAAAACCCAAGAGUUGGAGUACUUUUUACGGAAGAAAGGAAACUCUGACGUCAAGUUUAUUUAUAGUGCAUACGCAUAAAUAGCUAUAUAAUAUUAUUUAAUAAGAUAAAUCACAAAAAUAUAUUCACAACCAGCACCCAAGGUUUUGUUUAUUAUAUGAGAAAGAAGCACGUCACUAAAAAAUUAUUAUUGCAAUAGGUAACUUUUAAGUUAUUGUAAGAAGUCUGCAUGUCUUAUCGAUUUGUAAAUAGUUGAUUUUAUAAAUUAUUAUUUACUAUAAAUUAACUUUGCUAGACAUGGCAAUGAUUAUUAUUAUUAUUAUUUCAAUUAUAUUCUCUUAAAUGUUGAAUUAGAUGUAUAAAAAAAAACUUGUAAACACAUAUAAUUCCACACUCAAGUGAUUAAAUGAUAGCACCAAUAUUUUGUGAUCUGGAAAUACGAAUAUUCUAUUGUUGUACAUGUCAAAUUGACUUGGUUAUUGUUUCAUCAAUGAAUUUAUAUACCCUGUCAUGAAAAAAUUUAUUAUAUGUCUUUUUUUGAAAUACUGAUAUUUGAUUAGACAUGCAGUUGGUGUAAAAUUGUACGAAUGAUUGCGAAUCGAUUAUUUAUAAUUAGAUUAUAUUCGAUAAAAUUAUCUAUUAGCCAUUGAUCGUUCUCAACUGUUUUCUUUUUAAAGGCAUUUAAAGUUUUAUUUUUAUUAAGAGAAAUUAUUUAAAUCGAAAUUAAGUGCAAAAGCUUGUCCUUUGGCUUAAAAUAAAAAAUACAAUUGUUUCUGUUGUAAGAAAAAAAUCUAAACAUAAAUAAGAAAUGCCUUAAUCGUAUAGUUUUGUUCUACUUUUUAGUAUGUUAGUAAUUUAUUAAUCAAAUUCAUUGAUUCAAAUAUGAGGCUUUAACUAUAAAUAAAAUGCAUAAAUUCAAAUUAAAACUCACAUGAGAAAUGGAUAAUUUUUCAUUUUGCUUAUUCUUCUUCUUCUUCUUUCUUCGUCACUUUAUUUUCAUUAAUAUUAAAUUAUUGCACUUUUUACUAUUAAAAUCAAUCAUAUCGGUUUUGUUUAGUAUACUUUUUUUAAUCAAUUUUUUAUUAUUAAUAAUUUUCGUGAUAUUGUAAAAAAAAUUAACAUAACUACAGUGCAAUUAAAGAAAAUACUCUUAUUGUCAUUUGUGAUUGAAUAUCUGCAUACACAUAAUAAAUAUGUAUAACAAUAUAAAUUAUUAGCACGCUUAACUUUAAGCGUAUCGCCUUAUAUAACUUGAACGCAAAUUCUGUGCAACUUUAAAAAUUUAUUGAUGAAGAAAAGUAAAUUAAGCUAAAGUGUAUAAGAAAUAUUUUUUUUAUCAUUCCAAAAGUUUAGACCUAAUAUAUUUUCAAUUUUGAAAACACACAAUAUUUUUAAUAUGCAAAAAAACAAGUUGCAGGCAAUAUAUGUAAAUUCAAUAAUUACAAUACACUAUACUACUGUGCUUUUUCAAAACGUCCCUAAUUAUAUUAUACAAUAAAAUGUCAUUUUUGGUGUCUAUUAAAAUAUCACAUUUAUGCUUUAA